AUGAAUUAUGUUGAAAAGUUAUUUGACGAAGUUCACUAUGUUUUUAAUUUAAAUGCAGCCACUUUAAGUGGGGCAAUUGAUAUAUUGGUAAUUCCUCAAUUAGAUGGUUCAUUAAAGUGUACACCAUUUCAUGUUAGAUUUGGUAAACUUCAAUUAAUUCAAAGUUCAGCAAAAGUUAUAACAAUCUAUGUGAAUGGUCAAAAAACCGAUUUACAAAUGAAAUUGGGACAAGCAGGUGAAGCUUUCUUUGUAGAGGAAUCCGAUGACCCAGUACCACCAUUAUUAGCAACUUCACCAAUACCCUCACCAAAAUCAACUAGAAGAGCAAUAUCACCUGCAUCAGCUAGUACUUUAACAACCACAACUACAACAACCACUACAUCUUCAUCAUCAUCUUCAUCGUCACCAUCAUCAUCAUCGUCAGCAACCACAUCACCUGUAAAUAAUACAUCUACAACAUCAUCAUCAUCAUCAUCAGCUACAACAACUACAUUAUUAUCACCAUCUGUUCAACAUAUUACCCAUACAUCAUCAUCAACAACAACUACAUCAACAUCUAAAAAUUCAUCACCAAUACCAUCGACUACAACUAAAUUUACACAAAAAUCAGGAGGUGGUGUUGGGGGUGGUGGUGAUGCAUUUGAUUCAAAAGAGAUGAAACCUUUAACAUCAGCAUUGGAAGAGAUGAUUAUGAAUCAAACCAUUAAUAAUAAUACUUUUUAUAAUUAUGUUCCACCAACUACACCAACAAAGAACAAGACAUCAUUAAAUACAUCUACCUCAGCAUUAAGUCGUGGUUCAUCAAGACCAUCUAGUCCCGUUACAAUUGAUACACAAUCACCUAUUGGUAGUUUUAUAAUCGAUUGUGGUAAUGAUAUAAAUAGUAAUUUAGAGGGUAGUACAUUCAGUCCAAGCACCUCACCACCAAAAUCUUCAACUACAAAUAGUGCUAGUGGUGCUGCUACUACAACCACUACCACCUCAACAACAACUACAACAACAACAGCUGCCGCUACUACCACUACUGUAACAGAACCAGUUUCAGAUUCUGAAACUGAACCAAAGUUUUGGAGAUGGGGUGGUUUCCCAAAGUUUACUUAUCGUAGAAAACAAUCACAACCACCACAACCAAACACUACAACUACCACCACUACAACAAUAGCAGCAGCAACAGCAGCAACUUCAUUAUCAAAUACAACCUCACCAUCAAUAUCAUUAGCAACAUCACAAGAUAGUAUUACCGAUUCUACUAUUAUACAGCCACCACCACCAACCACUACAACUACCACAACUACAAAUACAAUUAUAACAGAAGCAACUACAACAAAUAUAUUACAACCAACACCAACAAAUAACAGCGGAAAAAUUGAAGAAAUUUUAGAUACAGAUAAUAAAAAUGGUGGUGAAUCAGAAUCACCAUUAAUCUAUUCACCAACUAUAUCAUCAAACGAAUCGGAUGAUGGAUUGGGAUUACCAAUAAUAAAUAAAAAUAAUAAUAAUAAUAAUAAAGGCGCCAAUCACUCUAUACCAAUUCCAACACCGAAUAAUACACCAAUAAAUCCAUCAAUGUUAACAGAGAAUCAACCAUUGGAUGGUAGUUCAUCUUGGACAAGAAUGGGUUCAUUGUUUAAAAUGUUUAAAAAAGAUCAUUCUGGUGGUAAUAAUUUAGAUACUUUAUCAACUUCACCUUCAAAUUUAAUUACACAUUAUGAUAAAAAUAAUCAACAACAACAACAACAACAACAACAACAACAACAACAACAACAACAACAACAACAACAACAACAACAACAACAACAACAACAACAACAACAACAACAAUUACAACAAUUACAACAACCACAACCACAACCAAGUUUUAUUGUAAAAACUGAAAUUAAACCAACUUCAACAAACUUUAAUAGCGAUAAUAAUAGAGAUGAAAUGUUUUUAUUAGAUGAAGAACAAGAAGAAAGAGAAGAGCAAGAAGAGGAAGAAGAGGAAGAAGAAGAGGACCAAAUAAAACAACAAAAUGUACAACAACAACAACAACCACCACAACAAAUAAUUGACGAAAAAUUGGAUGAUCAAUCACCAAGACAAUUAACCAAAUCAUUAUCAUAUGCAGAUAUUGUAAAGGAAGGAGAACAUUUAAUUUCUACAGGUGCAGAUGUUUUAUCAAUUUCACCAUCGAUUCAACCACAACAACCACAACAAUCACCACCAAAAGCUUCAAUUAAUGCUCUUGGUACAACUGUUAUUUCAACUUUAAAUUAUCCACCAGAUUCAAGUAUUUCUGAGUGUUUAUCGAAAUUAAAUUAUGAAUCUGAAUUCCCAGUUUUAAAAACAAAUGAAGGUUAUCAUCAUCAUCAUAAUAAUAAUAAUAAUAAUAAUAUAGGUAAUAAUAAUGAUAAUAAUAUAGAUAAUAUAGAUAAUAAUAAUAAUAAUAACUUUAUUAAACAAAUACCACCAUUACAAAUGAAUAAAGUAACUAAUAGUAAUGGAUUAAUUGAUCAUUUUUCAAUUAGUUUAUCAUUAUGUGGUCAUUUAAUUUUGGAUAAAGCAUUACAAUAUGAACCAGAAGAAAAGGAUGCAUUUUUUAGAGAAUACCUUAUAAGUUUUGAACAUUUUUGUUCAGAUACAUCAUUAUUAAAGAAUCCACAUUUGGUUGCAAAAAUCAAUGAUCAAUAUUAUCCAUGGUCAGUCGCUGGUCAUAUCAUUUUAAGUUAUUUAAUCUAUCGUAGACCAAUUACUCAAGAAGCAUUAAAUAAUUUAAAGAAAAAAGAUACUGAAGAUAGAACAACAAAUGUAGAUAUUAUAUCAACACCUUUACCACAACCAACUCAACUACUACCACAACAACCAACUCAACUACCACAAGCUAAACAAUCUUCAUAUUGGAAGAGUUGGUUAUGGAAAAACAAUAACAAUAAUAACAAUAACAACCAAACUGUACAAAAUCAAAUUUCACCAUCAUCAUCACCACCAUCAUCAUCACAACAUUCACUUUCUAAUUUAACUAGAUCUGAACCAAUUCCAUUCAGUAAUAAUAUUAAUAAUAAUACUAAUAAUAAUAAUAAUUUUAAUAAUUUUGAAAAUAAUAUAAUAAUUGAAGAUUUACCAAAGAAAUAUACAAAGAAAUCAUUAAGACCAACAUCAGAUCAAUUAAAAUCUUUAGGACUUAAAAAAGGUAUAAAUAGAAUUACAUUUGUAGUAUCUAGUACUUUAUUAGGUACCAAAGAGGUAUCAGCAUCAAUUUAUUAUUGGGAUAAUUCAUCAAAGAUUGUAAUCUCUGAUAUAGAUGGAACCAUUACUAAAUCCGAUGUAUUUGGUCAAGUUUUACCAUUGAUUGGUAAAGAUUGGUCACAUAUUGGUGUUGCAGAGUUGUAUUCCAAUAUCAAAGAGAAUGGUUAUCAAAUCAUUUACCUAACUUCAAGAGCUAUUGGUCAAGCAAAUUUAACUAGAACCUAUAUUAGUUCAGUGAAACAAACUGGUUCAAAUCAAAAUACAUUGGGCGGCAGUGGAACCACUGGUGGUGCAAAUAGUGGUGUCAAUGGUUUGAAUCAACAACAAAGUAUACCAUUCACUUUACCAGAGGGUCCUGUAUUCAUGUCACCAAAUCGUUUACUAACUUCAUUUAAUCGUGAAGUUAUUAAAAGAAAUCCUGAAGAAUUUAAAAUUGCAUGUUUACAAGAUAUUCAAAAUAUUUUCCCACCAACUAUGUCUCCAUUUUAUGCAGGUUUUGGUAAUCGUAAUACCGAUGCUAUCUCUUAUAAUGCUGUUGGUGUACCCAAGGGUAAAACAUUUACAAUCAAUCCAUUGGGUGUUAUCAAUACAACAAAUACUACCUACAAUAAAACUUAUACAAAACUUAAUGAUUUAGUUCAAGAUAUGUUCCCAUGUCAAAAUUCAAAUAAAAAUUCUGUUGAUGAACAAUGGAAUGAAUAUCAUUAUUGGAAAAAAUCUGUUAUACCACUUCAUAAAUUAGAUCCUCUUUAG